AUGGAAGGUGAGUCGUCGAGUAUCGCCGACAUGAUUCGCGAUGCCGCGAACGAAGUGUUGCAUUCACGUGUCCCGGAAGGAUUCCAGUGGAUAGAAGCAUAUGGACAGUACUACUCACCCAGUUGUGGAUUCUUCUAUGAUCCGAAUACUGGACUUUUUUACCACAGCGACUCAGAAACCUAUUAUAUAUUCAACGACGAUACCCAGCAAUAUGAAAUAUAUAAAUGCAUGCGAAAAACCCAGUGGUCAUCUCGUACGAAUAAAAAGAAGGCAAAGCAGCUUUUUGCUGGAGCACUGGACCGCCUCGAUCAGGAUGCUGUCGACGUUUGCGAAGUUGUAUUUGAUCUCACGUCAAAACUUAGCUUAGAAGAUGAGGAUGCAGGUCCUGUACAACAAACACCGUCGAGCUCUUCUUCUCCGAAAGCCAACGAUAACCAUGACAUUGAAAUGUGGCCUGUGGAGUACUUUGAUGAUGCUACAGGAGACAUGAUUUCUAUACCGAAGGGAAUUAGCCGAUUCAAAGGAAGUAAAGAAAGGAGGAAGGAAAGACGACGGAAAGCUCGUGAAGCAGUCAAGAACGGUGUUGGAGGUGCAGAUGCUCUUAGUGAGGAAUAUGACGAGAGCACGAGUGAAGAGGAGGAUGAACGAAUACAGAUGAGGGAAGAUGAAAGGUUUUCCCAACCGCCUUGUCUACGAAUCAUGGAUUCUAAAAAUAAUCUUCAUGUUAUUACUAUUUGUGGAGGUGUCGUUGGAAGACAGUCGGGGUCUGAUAUUGUUGUCGAUGAUCCGUCCAUUUCUAGGAAACUGCUAGAAUUUGUAUUUGUUUCGGAGAGUAACUCUUUUGUCGUGAAUAAACUGAGCGACAAAGGACAUGUUGAAUUGAAUGACUAUGAGCUGUUGGCAAAUGAUGGGCGAGAGAUUGAACAUGGUGAUAUUUUAAGGUUUGGAAAAGAAUUCUUACGGGUUCACGUCCACUUUGGUAACAAUACUUGUCCGGGGUGUGAGCAAGGACUUUUGUCAGCUGAGACGACAGCGGUAUCACAAUCAGUGACUGUUCCUCGUGGAGAGACUGCGCGGCGACGAAAUAUGAAAGCGCUUAAAGCUAUGUAUGGGAUUAAUGAAUACGCAGAAAAUGCACGAACUCCAUAUUAUGGUCCGGAUCGAGCCGCGAAGAGACGUCGUCUUGUUGGUUCGGAAAUUGACGUGAAUAAAGACGGAAGUAAGAUUGACCCGAAUGACAUAUAUGCAGGAUGUGCAGCGAAACCUGUACCAGGAGCUGUUGUUGUGUCGAAGUUCGAUCCGGUGAAACCUCUCAACGAAGCCAAUAAAGGAUUCCGCCUACUUCAGAGUAUGGGCUGGAAAGAGGGUGAAGGCUUAGGAAAGGACGGCAAGGGACGUCAGGAACCGGUCGAAUCCACUCUUCGCAGCGAACGGGCCGGAUUGGGUGUCACUGAAACCAAACCUGCGCCACCAAAGAGCAAGAAGGCCGAGAUUUUGGACAAGACACGGCAGCGUUAUGAACAGUCAAGGUUGCUCAACAAUGUCGAUGGUGAACAAUCCUGA